GUGUCGAGGAACGGUCGAUAGGAGUGAUUCAUAUUUGUUCAAUCCUUUCCGAAAGAAUCCUUGAAAGUGUUAUUCCCUGCAGUAUUAGCGUGCUUUGUUCGAAGGGACGAAAAGGAGAUUAGUGUUCCGGAACUUGUGUUGAGAGAACAUCUCCAAGAUGCUCCACACUCGUACGAUCGCAGUGUUGGUUGUUGGUUUAAUAGUGCUGGUCAAUGCUCAAACCUUUCAAUACUCCCGUGGAUGGACAAACGGGAAACGCUCUUCUCCAACAGAACCGGGAGCUAAUCCUGUGUUCUUGUCCCGAUUGAACCAAGCUGGUCUAGAUACUUUAAAACCGAACGAAAAGGCGUUAUUGCGACGUUUCUUGCACAACCCAUGUGACCUCAGGAUAGCCAGUUUGCUCAGCAACCACCAGAGUAAAGAUCUGCUGGCGGGAGGUGAUCUCUUCGACAGUGCAGAGACCAGUGGAUCAACGUUCGUAUUACCCCAGUUUCUGAUCGAUUCCGAAGAGGCUAAUGCCGGCUCCAGCAGUGCCAAUUUAGCCAAUGGACGUUCGGUCGGGGAAGCGCUUCGCUUCAAGCGUGAGUUGCCUGGUACUCUAGGUGAUCCUCGUUCUUAAAUUGUUUAAUGAAAUCAAUCGACAUGGGCCACGACCGUCAUCAGCCAUCAGUAUCGAAGAAGAUCGCCCCAAGGUUGUGAACCAACGGAAACAGGUGUUUCGCAUUCGGGUUUUGUUGGAUUCUGAAUGUAGCAGCUCGAAGAGCAAGUGAGCUGUUCAUCUGAAAUAUACUUAUCUA